AUGUCACAUCCGCGAUCAAAGCACAAAGGCGAUCUGCCAUGCAAGUGCAGAGGCCGCAGCUGGAGCUGGCCGAGGCGUGACGAUUCAUGCAGACGCUCCUGCCAGCAGCUGGGAGCUGGCCGAGGCGUCACGAUUCAUGCAGACGCUCCUGCCAGCAGCUGGGAGCUGGCCGAGGCGUCACGAUUCAUGCAGACGCUCCUGCCAGCAGCUGGAGCUGGCCGAGGCGUCACGAUUCAUGCAGACGCUCCUACCAGCAGCUGGAGCUGGCCGAGGCGUCACGAUUCAUGCAGACGCUCCUGCCAGCAGCUGGAGCUGGCCGAGGCGUCACGAUUCAUGCAGACGCUCCUGCCAGCAGCUGGAGCUGGCCGAGGCGUCACGAUUCAUGCAGACGCUCCUGCCAGCAGCUGGGAGCAGGCCGAGGCGUCACGAUUCAUGCAGACGCUCCUACCAGCAGCUGGAGCUGGCCGAGGCGUCACGAUUCAUGUAGACGCUCCUGCCAGCAGCUGGAGCUGGCCGAGGCGUCACGAUUCAUGCAGACGCUCCUGCCAGCAGCUGGAGCUGGCCGAGGCGUCACGAUUCAUGCAGACGCUCCUGCCAGCAGCUGGGAGCAGGCCGAGGCGUGACGAUUCAUGCAGACGCUCCUACCAGCAGCUGGAGCUGGCCGAGGCGUCACGAUUCAUGCAGACGCUCCUACCAGCAGCUGGAGCUGGCCGAGGCGUCACGAUUCAUGCAGACGCUCCUGCCAGCAGCUGGGAGCUGGCCGAGGCGUCACGAUUCAUGCAGACGCUCCUGCCAGCAGCUGGGCCGAGGCGUCACGAUUCAUGCAGACGCUCCUGCCAGCAGCUGGAGCUGGCCGAGGCGUCACGAUUCAUGCAGACGCUCCUGCCAGCAGCUGGAGCUGGCCGAGGCGUGACGAUUCAUGCAGACGCUCCUGCCAGCAGCUGGGCCGAGGCGUCACGAUUCAUGCAGGCGCUCCUACCAGCAGCUGGGCCGAGGCGUCACGAUUCAUGCAGACGCUCCUGCCAGCAGCUGGAGCUGGCCGAGGCGUCACGAUUCAUGCAGACGCUCCUGCCAGCAGCUGGAGCUGGCCGAGGCGUCACGAUUCAUGCAGACGCUCCUGCCAGCAGCUGGAGCUGGCCGAGGCGUCACGAUUCAUGCAGACGCUCCUGCCAGCAGCUGGAGCUGGCCGAGGCGUGA